AUGAAGGAAGAUUGCCCGUCCAGCUCCCACGUGCCCAUCAGCGACAGCAAGUCCAUUCUGAAGUCAGAGCUGCUAGGCCUGCUGAAAACCUACAACUGCUACCAUGAGGGUAGAAGCUUCCAGCUGAGGCACCGGGAGGAGGAAGGGGCUUUGAUCAUCGAGGGGCUCCUCAACAUCGCCUGGGGUCUCCGGCGGCCCAUCCGGCUGCAAAUGCAGGACGACCGGGAGCGCGUGCACCUGCCCUCUGCCUCGUGGGUGCCUGGACGGCCCAGCAGCCACCUGAAGGAGCCCCCUCCCCAGGACGGCAGGGUCCCCAGCGAGGAGCCGAGUGCCCAGCCCAAGGCUGAGAGUUGCAGAGACGGCGGAGGGCCCCCAGAGGAGGAUGAGGAGGCCCCACAGCUGAUGCGUACCAAGAGCGAUGCCAGCGCCAUGAUCCAGAGGAGGCCCAGGAGCCGCGCACCUGGCGAGGCCCAGCGCCUCCGCCGGCACCGGUUCUCCAUCAAUGGGCACUUUUAUAACCACAAGACCUCCGUGUUCACUCCGGCCUACGGCUCCGUGACCAACGUGAGGGUCAACAGCACCAUGACAACGCUGCAUGUGCUCACCCUGCUGCUGAACAAGUUCAGAGUGGAAGAUGGCCCUGGCGAGUUUGCACUCUACAUUGUCCACGAAUCCGGAGAAAGGACAAAGUUAAAGGAUUGUGAGUACCCACUGAUUUCCAGAAUCCUGCACGGGCCCUGUGAGAAGAUCGCCAAGAUGUUCCUGAUGGAAGCAGACCUGGGCGAGGAGGUGCCCCACGAUGUGAGUAGGGGCCAGGAGACACCGUGGGGGACCUCCCACAGGCUCUGUAGCCCCCCUUGGCCAGAGUCCAGGGCACACAGCUGUCCCCAAGCCCCCCUGUCCAGCACGGUGAUGGUCCCAGCCCUCCCUCUGCCUGUUACUGUCUUGGGGGAAAGAAGAACUUGGGGUCUAAAAAGCCACAGCCCUGUCUUUUUCCUCUCUUUAGCGCGCCAUCAUGUCUCAGUGUGCACAGGACCCCCUGCAGACACCCAAAAUCUGCAGGUGUCAAGUCCCAUGUGUUACAUGGCAUAGGAUCUGCAUAGAGCCUAUACAAUCCUCCGUAUUCUUUUUUAAAUUUUUUUUAAAUUUGUUUGAAAAGACAGUUACAGAGAGAGAAGGAGAGACAUAGCUAGAAAGAUCCUCUAUUAGAUAGACUGAGAGACCAGAGAGAUCUUCUCUCUCUGCUGGUUCACUCCCCAAAUGACCCAACAACCAGGGCUAGGCUAGGCUGAAGCCAGGAGCCUGGAACUCCAUACGAGUCUCCCAUGUGAGUCUCCCACAUACUUGGGUCAUCAACUGCUACCUUCCCAGGGAGCUGGAUUGGAAAUAGAGCAGCUGGGACUUGAACCAGUACCCAUGUGGGAUGCGGGUGCUGCAGGCUGUGGCUUCGUGGCUUAACUCACUGUGCCACAGCGCCAGCUCCUCUCCCAUAUACUUUAAACCACCUCCAGACCCUUAGAAUACCUAAUACAAUGUAUACGUUGUAUGAGGUAUACAUUAUACAAUGUAUUAGGUAUGCAUUGUACAAUGUAUUAGGUAUGCAUUGUACAAUGUAUUAGGUAUGCAUUGUACAAUGUAUUAGGUAUGCAUUGUACAAUGUAUUAGGUAUGCAUUGUACAAUGUAUUAGGUAUGCAUUGUACAAUGUAUUAGGUAUGCAUUGUACAAUGUAUUAGGUAUGCAUUGUACAAUGUAUUAGGUAUGCAUUAUACAAUGUAUUAGGUAUGCAUUGUACAAUGUAUUAGGUAUGCAUUGUACAAUGUAUUAGGUAUACAUUGUACAAUGUAUUAGGUAUGCAUUGUACAAUGUAUUAGGUAUGCAUUGUACAAUGUAUUAGGUAUGCAUUGUACAAUGUAUUAGGUAUGCAUUGUACAAUGUAUUAGGUAUGCAUUGUACAAUGUAUUAGGUAUGCAUUAUACAAUGUAUUAGGUAUGCAUUGUACAAUGUAUUAGGUAUGCAUUAUACAAUGUAUUAGGUAUGCAUUGUACAAUGUAUUAGGUAUACAUUAUACAAUGUAUUAGGUAUACAUUGUACAAUGUAUUAGGUAUGCAUUGUACAAUGUAUUAGGUAUGCAUUAUACAAUGUAUUAGGUAUGCAUUGUGCAAUGUAUUAGGUAUGCAUUAUACAAUGUAUUAGGUAUGCAUUGUACAAUGUAUUAGGUAUGCAUUAUACAAUGUAUUAGGUAUGCAUUGUACAAUGUAUUAGGUAUGCAUUGUACAAUGUAUUAGGUAUACAUUAUACAAUGUAUUAGGUAUGCAUUGUACAUUGUAUGAGGUAUACAUUAUACAAUGUAUGAGGUAUGCAUUGUACAUUGUAUGAGGUAUACAUUAUACAAUGUAUGAGGUAUGCAUUAUACAAUGUAUUAGGUAUGCAUUAUACAAUGUAUUAGGUAUGCAUUGUACAAUGUAUUAGGUAUGCAUUGUACAAUGUAUUAGGUAUGCAUUAUACAAUGUAUUAGGUAUGCAUUGUACAAUGUAUUAGGUAUGCAUUAUACAAUGUAUUAGGUAUGCAUUGUACAAUGUAUUAGGUAUGCAUUAUACAAUGUACAAUGUACAGUGCUGUCAGAGUAGCUGUUAAUAAUGACAGUGCACAUGUUCGGCGCAGACACAAUAUGGUUUUUUUUUUCCUAUCUUCAAUCCCGGGUUGCAUGAUGUGGAGGCCAGCUGCCUUUGGCUGUCUUUGCAUGAAUGAGCCAUGUACAGGACUCUUUGCCCAGGACUACCUGGGGCUUAUGGAGGAGGGGAAGGAGGCAUUGCAGUCUCUGGGUCACUGCCAGGAUCCAGGCUGGACAAUGAGCACAUCCCACACCCCCUGUGCAUGGAGAGACCCAAGUAGGAGGCUUGGAGGCCCUGUGUCCCUCGGCUCUUCCCAGGGCACCCUUUUCCCAGGGCUGGAGCUGUUUCGUUCCAUUGUCAGGAACAAUGGUGUUCCCACCAGUCCACCCCCACCUCUCCAUGUGCCAGCACUGCGGGACUAGGGCGUUUCCUAAUAUUCCAGCUAACAUUUCCCCCGGCCCGGAGAUAACGGUUGCCUUUGAGAAAGCAACAGUUCCCGUCCUCCCGGCUUCGGCACACAGCACAGGGCGGCGCUGGGGGUUGGGUGGGAAGUGGGCAGCUGCUUCUGGGGCUGCAAGAUGCGGCUGCCUGGGCUCCCGUGGAAGCCAUGAAGAUGGCAAGAUGGCGUGUUAUUGGCUUCGAUUUGAAAGCACAUUAAAAUGUUCUUGGAUUUUCUAGGUUGCUCAGUACAUUAAGUUUGAAAUGCCGGUGCUGGACAGUUUUGUUGAAAAAUUAAAGGAAGAGGAGGAAAGAGAAAUUAUCAAACUGACCAUGAAGUUCCAAGCCCUGCGUCUGACAAUGCUGCAGCGCCUGGAGCAGCUGGUGGAGACCAAGUAGCUGGCAGGCACCUGCCUCUUCUGACCCCUCCAGCAGCAAGUGCACACGGAGUCCCAGCGGCUGGGCCCUGAGCGGUCACUCUGACUGAUGGCCACCACCUGAGGAGCCCAACACCUGUACUUCCACCUGUCUGAAGCCUCAGUACCAUGAGACCCACCUCCCUCGCUGUUGGCACACACAGGAAUCAGACCCAGCUUGAGGAACCAGGAACUUGCUUGCUGGGGUUUGCACACAAGGCUGGCACCAGCAGUGAAUAGAUCUGAGACUGUAGCCCUGGCCACAUUGUGUGGCUGGUCGGUGUGGCCAGUUCUGUCCACUCCACACUCUCUCUUCUUAGGAGAGCAAUAUAGGACCCAGUCCCUGGAGGGGGGCAUGGGUUUUGUCUGGCCCAAGAGACCAUGCAGGUUUCCAUUAUCAUCAUCAUUCUUGCAAACCGAGAAACCCUUAUCUGCCCCUACAUCGUAGCCUUCCAGGAACUCUGCUAGGAAAAGCAGGGGCUUCCCACAGCUAUGGGAGGUAACGUCCUCAGCCAUUGCUUCACUUCCGCAUCCCUGGCCUCCAAGCCUCUGACGUCACCCGUGAGCCUUGCACAGCCCAGCGCCCCGGUGCAGAGGGCAGAUCAGGGAUAAACCCACAAGCAUCCUAUCAUCCCACUGCAGAGGUUCGUCUUAGCUUCUUAGAAGGAGCUCACUGCCUGCUGGCUCACAGUGGGAGGUGGUCCACCUGUGUGGGUGGGUGAGACUCCGGGGGCUACACCCAGGCCCCUGUCACCCCCACCCUGGAUGCCUGUGUGGCUCUUACUUUCCCCAGGGUCUCAUGAUUUCCCUUCAAAGCCUGGUAGGAGGAGAAAUGUUUCUCCGGGAAGAAGAGGCGUUGAGCUCCCUGGGGCCAGAUGCUGAACAAUGUGUGUUUGUCCACUAGUGGAGAAUUUCUGGCACGAACGAGAAAGGCUUUGCAAAAACUAUGCAGCAGUUUAUACUGAUCACGAGGGUGUUUGUCCAAAACGGAGCAGACUGAAGCCCAACACUCUUUCCCCCCUGGGAGCCCAUGGGAAGUGGAUUUAAAGAGAAGCGUGAAGGCUCGCAGAGAUAGGACAGAGUCCACGUCCAGUGCAUGUAAAGUGGGGAGAGCAGAGCCUGGGAGUAGCUGUGCCCUGUGGAGCAGCUCACCGGGGUGUGCGUCAUGCCAGGAUCUGCACCGCCCACUGCCAUUGUCACAGAGACACACAGGGAAGGGGCAGAGGCCUGGCUGCUGUCCUCGGUCUCCUCUGAUGGCACGGUGUCCUGGGUGCUCAAUAAAACGGAGCUAUCGUGGA